AUUCGCGAGGACGUCCUGAUGUUUUGCUUUCAUUUCGCGCGUCGGCCGCCAUCGUCGUUACGAGAGGUUGCUGUAUCGGAGUUUUUUCUUGUGCGGGACGAGCUGUAACGUGCCUUGUCGUCUGGGUUGAAUCGCCCUGACGGUGUUCUUGCUCGUAGGUAGCACCUUGGUAGCACCGACGCUGCGCCGGCGCGAAUAUAUCUGAGUUAAAACUCUAAGCGGGGGACUUCAACUUCGAGCGCACGGGCCUAAAGGGCGCACGGGACGGCCGGGAAUUGCCGAGGCCAACUUCACCUCUUGACCACCACCCACCCGCGCGCGCUACGCCUUCGCCGUCUCCGUCGCGUCUCUCCUCGCUGCACACCAUGUCGAAAAAGGGAAACAAGGCUCAGGCCAAGGAGACCAAGGACACCUCCUACCAGUUCCGCGACGUCGUCCUCGCCAAGAUCCGCGGUUACCCCCCAUGGCCUGGCAUGAUUGUCGACCCGGAAACCGUGCCCGGGACCGUGCAGGGCGAGCGGCCCAACGCCAAAUCGAAAAAGGGCACCUGGUUCUGCGUGCGAUUCUUCCCUGCUGGCGACUACGGCUGGAUCGUCCCACGAGACAUCUCCAAGCUCCAGCCGCACGAGAUCCAGGCCUACAUCAACGAGCCGUACAAGAAAUCCGCUGAUCUGCUGCAGGGCUACCGCAUCGCGCUGGAUCCCACGGAAUGGGAGAAGGAGCGCGAGGCGAUGCGUGACGCAGCGGCCGAGGAGGAGGCCAAUGCAGAGAUCGACCAGCUGGAGAGCGACGGCGAGGAGGAGGCGGGCGACGAUGACGAGGAGGAGCCCAAGCCUAAGGCCAAAAAGCGGAAGCGCGACUCUGAGGCGACACCGGCGAAGAGCAAGGCCAAGCCAAAGACGCCGAAGAAAGGCUCUGCGGAGCCCGCGACCAAGAAGAAGGCCCCGAGCACGAAGGCGAAGAAGAACGGGCACAAGUCAAAGGCUCUGGUCGAGUCGGAGGACGAGGGCGGCGCGGAGGCGGAGGAUGAGAACGCCGGGCCCAGCAAGCAGGCAUCGCCACCGCCCACGAAGAAGGCGAAACGUGAAAAGGAGGGCAAGGAGAGUAAGGAGGGAAAGGACGGUGAGGAGGGCGAAGACUCUGCACUGGCGGCUGAUCCUGAGGCCUCCAAGGUGCGAGAAUGGAGACAUAAGUUGCAAAAGGCCUUCCUCAACGCCAAGGCGUUGCCCAAGGACGAGGACAUGCCCGCACUAGACCAGCUCUUCUCGACGGUGGAGAACUACCAGAAUAUGUCCAUCCAGUACUUGACAUUCUCGAAAAUUGGCAAGGUGAUGCGUCACAUCAACGCGCUGCCCAAGGAUAAGGUGCCGCGCGACGACGAAUUCCACUUCAAGGACCGCGCGAAGACCCUCGUCGACAAGUGGCAUGACAUCCUCAACGAGAACAAGCCCAAGCCCAACGGCGCCGCCGCGGCUGGCGAGAGCGCCAAAGCCACGACGAAUGGCACGAGCCCCGCUGCCAAAGCCCCCGAUGCGGCAGAUGCCGGCGCGACGGCGAACGGCAAGGAGGACAAGCUCAUGGCGGAGGAGGCCAGCGAGGGCGCCAUGGAAGUCGACGACCAGGAGGCGAAAGCAGACACUGCGCCUAUAGACGUGAAGGCGGAGUCUGGAGACGUCGACGCAGAGGCGGACGCACCUGCCGACCUGGCCAUGGACGAGUCUGUAUUAGCAGACGUCACCAUGUCCGAGGCGGCAUAGGAAGGCCGAAUCUCAGAGUCAAGCGAUUCUCCCUCCGUGACGGUCGAAGAAAAGGAGUCGGUGUAUUCCCAUCCCGCCCCGGCACAGGCGCGACGGACGAGGAAUGUCCAUCGCUCUGCUCGCUACGGUCUGAAUCUACAAGGGAUACUCCACCUCGGGUCCCCCUCGCUCUCUCGCUCGAAUGUCCAUCGACCAUAU